AUGGAUGUGUACAUAGUACACACCCUUACACAGAAGAGACAGGAGGAAAGAAGGCAAAUUUCACAUGACAUCCAGGCGAAGGAACUUGUUACCGACAUUUCAGAGGGUCAAGCAAGUGCCAUGAAGGCAGAUCUGGGAAUAACCUCGUACUGUCUAAAUAAACUAAGAAGGUAUGUGCUAACAUAAUCAUGUUUUAAUUCACUCAUCAUGCUCUAAUUGACUCUCUUUUAGGCAAAAACAAAAUAGUUCAAUUAAAUAUUUUCAGUACUGAGUUGGGAUAUUUGAGAGUUUUAACAUUAAGGUGGUUUAAGCAAUGGGGAAUCAAGACGGAGAGUGAGAAGAAGCAAAGAAUACGCAAGAGGGAGCAUAUAGGCAACAAAAUGGAAGAGGAACUUCUCCCGAUGGAAUGCACAGAAAGGCAAGCGAACAAGACUGUUACAGUAAUAGAGGAAACUCCCUGUGCCUGUGUCAGCACGUAUGCAAGACUAUGCAUCUUAUUCCUAACACACUAG